GUUUUUUUUUUCGACGAGUUCUUCAAUUCUGUCUUGGCCUCUGAAUCCUCCAGGACUGACGACGGCAGGAACAGAUCAAGAAUGUUAUUUUCCCGAGCGAAUGCAACAUCAAGAGCAUCAUUCGCUGCAGUCUUGAUUUCAAGUGCAGAAGCAGCUGUUCCUUGCGUUUGGCGAUCAUUUUAGUUGAGUGGACCAAACAAUGAUUGAAACAUUCUUUGUAUUGUUUGGUGAGUGAAACGAAGGCUAAGCCUUGAGUGAUUGUUCUCUGCUUAUUCUCUCGAGGGUUCCGAGUGAUCUUAAGCAAGUGGAACAAGCUCACUCAAGAUAGAUUGAACAAGAAGGUCAAUGAGACAGUCAGAAUCGACUUGGCUGUGGAUCACUUCCUCGACAGCCAGGAACAACAAUCCUGAGUGUGAUCUCCUCUUGAUCUGGAACAGACUUCCAGACUAAAAGAAGCCGUUAUCCUGUUCAUAUGAUCCCACAAACAUUGAAAAACUCGAUCUGAGGCCAUGGCCAUGAAAAUCAAAUCGGAUCAAUCCAACCCUUCACAGAGUUCUUUAGCAUCGUACUCGAAGAUUUCUCGCAGCUCUUCCGUGGGACGGACUUUGCCAUGGCAAGAUGAUGAUUCGGGCUGCGUCAUGGAUGAGUAUGCCUGGUUCCCACCCGGACUUGUACCUGAUCAGGUCCAUCAAUACUUCUCGUAUUUCCCGGAUACCAGGGUGCCUUAUGUUAAUUCUGAAGGGGAGAAAUUUCGGAUCAAGCAGCUCUUGAAGCAAUUACCACCUCAUGAUAAUGAAGCCAGGUAUUGUCAGGAGCUCAGCGAAAUAGAGCGAAAAGAGGUCAAGAUAUUCGCCGCUCACAGAAAAAGAGAAUUCUUGGGAAGAGGUUCAGUGAGGCCGGUUCCGUACCCGAAUCUUGCCGGGUCUAGUAAACCUAUUAAGUGUGACCAUUGUUGUACUAAGUUUGAUCCCCACGAUUUGUGCAUUACGGCUUCACGGGCGGGUCCGGAUCGUUUUUGGCAUCCGCAUUGCUUUGUCUGUUCCACUUGCCAGAGCACAUUAGUGGACCUGAUCUAUUUCAUUCACGAGGGAAAGUUGCAUUGCGGAAGGCAUCAUUCAGAGCUUCUCAAGCCCAGGUGUUCCAAAUGUGACGAGAUCAUUUUUACGGAUGAAUGCACGGAAGCCGAGGGAAAGACCUGGCAUAUGAGACACUUUAGUUGCACCAGCUGUGAUCGCAGUUUAGGGGGUCAACGUUAUAUUAUGAGGGAGGGUGAUCCAUAUUGCAUCAGGUGCUUUGAAUCAAGUUUUGCCGAAUACUGCGAUGCCUGCGGAGAUUUCAUUGGACUUGACAAGGGUCAAAUGAUAUACGGAAAUCAUCAUUGGCACGCCAACGAAGUGUGCUUUUCCUGUUCGAGUUGCGGGAAACCCUUGUUGGGACGGCCUUUCUUACCAAAAGACGGCCUUAUCUUCUGUUCUACAAAGUGCUCUCUCAUCUUGAAAUGUAUUCCCGAAAUACAUUUGAACACGGAUGCCUCAGAUUUGACAUCUGACUUCAGUAGUUUGGAAAUGCCUGCCAUUUUGGAAAACCGACGAUCCCAAAAGUUCGAAAGCUCGACAAUAAAUUCCGCCAUAAGUACAUCUGUCGAGUCCCUAAAAUUCAAAAUGGAACGGCCUUCGACUUCCAAAGGUGCACGGAAGAAGAAACGAAGAGGUUCGUCUCAUUUAAGGCUCAAUUUAGUGGGAAAUAGUGCAUCCUCCAAGUCAUCGGGCGAGCCCAAAUCUCCCAUCGGAAGUGACAUCCUCGAAUCUUUAGUCGAGGAUCAAAUUGUCGAGACCUUGCCAUCAAAAAUUGGUUCCAAACCUCAAGAAUCGACCUUUGAUCGAUAAAAUGGGCUUGAAAUCCUCUGGGAAUUAUACCUUUAUUGAGCCUGUGACCAUUUUGGACCAGGCCACCAAGCCGAAUAUUCGGGAGGAGCUGCGGUUUCUUGACAGUUACAAGACCAUGCACCGUAGACACUUGGAGGAUAACCUUAAAAACCUUCUGGAAGGACAACACGAUCCGGAAAUACUCACACAUGUGACACGAGAGAUGAAUAUCGAUCAGAUCAACCAUCUUCUCGAGCUCACAGAAGACAAACUUGAACACCCAUCUUGGUUUCCUACUCCUGACAUUGGCUUUAAACCUCUGACCAAAAGCCGUUCAAAGACACCAGAUCGCAACCGAUUAAGAUCCAAGAGCGUUUUCUCAAAUUCCGCCGCCAAAACGAACUAUGUUCAUUUCAAUCCUGAGGCGUUUGUCAAGGAGCCAAUUGCUCCCAAUAUGGCCGACCCAAAUGGCCAGUUUAUGUUGAGAGAUCCACGUUCACAAAAGCAAUUGUCCUCACCUCAUUUGAAUUAUCAAAUGUCGUCAACCAGUGAUAGUAGCGAAGAAGAGGCUCAUGGAACUGCCCCCGCCUUAUUGGAACUUCAGAGGCGGAACACCGUUGUUCCACACUACCAUAUCAUGGAGCCUGCAACACCAUCCAGGGAUGAAGCACUCAAAGUCACCUCACUAACGUCAUAUUGCUCUCCCAUUCAAACGAGCACCCUCGCGGCCAAGUGGUUUCAGAACAAAAAAAAUAGCAGCAGUUGUCUAAUUUCAUGACUGUUUUAAAGAUAAAGAUUUAAUUGAGCGACCGUUCACUAUUUCGAUGUUAGGUGCAAAAUAUAUAAAAUGAUGUGACCUUUGAAAAGUAAAUGAUGUUGUCAAUAGAAGCUGAUUUCAUUCAAA